CCCGUGCGUGUCUACUUGAACCCGAGACGCCGGUGCCGCGCCGCGCCUCACAAGUGGCGCCGCACGAGUUGAAGCUUCCUCCCGCCCCUCCCCCAGAAUCUAAACCAAUCACCUCAUUGAUCGAGGCCCGACGAUCGGAAUCGGAUCGUACUUGUGUCCAUGUAUAUAUAAGCUCCGGCCACGGUCCACCUUUAACCUCUUGUCCCCGCGUGGCUGCAGAGCAGAGCUCUCGGUGGCAAGCAAGCGACCUGAGUUCCGGGCGAGGCGCAGCUUCAGUGUUCGGGUCCAUCGCUUCCUGAGUUCCGGUUCCACGCCGCUCCGGUCGCGGCGAUGCCUCCUGUCGCGCCGCCGGCGGACCAGAAGGCCAGGCCGGGGCCGAGGCAGCCGCGGCACGCGGCGACACUGGCGGCGCCGCCGCGCGAGUCGCUGGCGCAGCGGUCGGCGUCGUUCCACGGGCGCGGGGGCGCGGCCGAGCAGCAGCGCGACGGCCUGCUGCUGAGGCAGAGGCCCCGGACGCACCCGGACCUGCUCGCCGGCAUCAGCGACCGGGGCUUCCGGCGAGCCGGCACGGGCCGCGGCGGCGACGCGGCGGCUGCUCAUGCCCGUGCCCCGUGGGCGGGGGCCGGCGGGAGGGCGGCGCCGAGCAAGGUGCUGGUGACCGUGGCCGUGCAGCGGAGCAUGUGGCCGCUGCACGUGAUGGCGCGCGCCGAGUGGCGCGUCGCGGACCUGGUCGCCGCCGCCGUGGGGCUCUACGUCGGGGAGCGCCGCCGCCCGCUGCUGCCGUCCGCCGACCCGGCGGCGUUCGGGCUCCACUACUCCCAGUUCAGCCUGCAGAGCUUGGACCCGGACGAGAAGGUCGUGGAGCUGGGGAGCAGGAGCUUCUUCCUCUGCCCCAAGGCGGCUGCGGCUGCGGCUUCCUCCUCUACCUGUCCAACCGAAGCCAGAGAGGGCACGGCCGCCCCUGCCGACAGGCCAAGCAACAUGCUACCGCCAUGGCUGGGCUUCGUGCACUUCGGGCCGCUGUUGUAGCGUGGCCUCAGAUCGGCAGACCACCUUGGUUGCCUGGACGCAAAAGUCAGCGGAUCAUUCUGCUUUGGUCAGCAACCUAAACGUCUGAAAAUUUCUUCGAUUUUCUUAGCAAUCUAGGAGUACUUCAGUUUCAUCGUUUCAAGUAAGGCCAUUCUCCUUGUCCUUCUGGUAUUAGAAUAGCCCCUUGCACAUGUGGUGUAUUGGCAAUUUGGCAUUUAAAUCCAAGUGGGGGGUAAAUGAAGUUAAUAUAGAUAGAUUAUCUUGGUAGGAGCACGUCA